UGUAACGGACAUUCUAGGUACAUAUGUUUAGGACUUUUUUCCCCAAGUUUAUAAGUUACUCGAUAUUUCGAAUUUCAAGGCUUAUAAACGAUACGAUCGCUUUAUUAUAUUGUGAUAUAUUGACUUAUUGGCAUUGAAGUGGCUUUAUUCAUUGACACUGAUAACAUAUAUUAAGGACUAAUGUAGUUCAUUUACAUUUAUAAACUCUAACGAUAAGAAGCUUGUGUUGCCCGACAAAAAAUAGGUUACACGUUUAAAUAUAUUAUACUUCAUUCAUUAAAAAUCGCUAAUUGAUUGGUUCAAACGAUAUUUUGCAUAAAUAUGGAUCAUGAAAAAUAUUACGACAGAAAAUCAGAUGGAAGCUAUGUUAUACAUUUUCUUAAUAAAAAGGGAUUAAAUUUGCAAGAGGUUAAUAAAAGGUUUUCUGUCUUUGGCAAAGUUUUAUCUGUGGAUGAUCAUGGAAAAGCUAAUGCAUUAUGUUUUAUAAAAUAUGGAGCAGUUGAAGAUGCGAUAAAAUGCAUUGAUGGCUUUAAAAAUGACAAGUCUAUCAAGAUUUUGCCACAUAUACAUAAAAUAAACAAUACUAAUGGAAAGCGUUUGGGCCGUAUUAAUAAUGCAGGGAAAAUAUCGCACAGUAAAAAGAAAAAAAUAUCUAAUCGAGAUUCUUCUACAUAUCGUUCUGAGAAAAAUAAUCUCAUUAGUAAUUCCUUACCAAUAAAACAGUUUCAAGACACAGAAAUAGACUGCGAAUCUGGUUCUAAUAUAUCAAAAUCAUUAUCUAGCAAUAACAACUUUAAUAAUGAUAAUGUAGGUGAUAAAGACAGCGUUGAUCGUCCUUCUGCUAAACAAAUAUCGUCUUCAAAACAUAUUUCAAAAUUUAUAAAUCUACAAAGAAUUGCAUCAAAUAGCUUAAUUUCAUUAGGAGUUACUAAUGGAAAUGUAAAAGAAUCGGAAAAGAUAUUUGAUGAAACAGAGAUUCCAGCUUUGAUGCCUAUUGAUCAAAAAUAUAGCAUACAAAAUGGUAAAGUCAUUCCAUCAUCCGCAAAAAUUAUUCCAGCAAAAGAAGUAAUCGUAGCUAAUAUCAAUCCAAGUUUAAGUAUACAUUAUAUAUUACAUCUUUUCAACAAGUUUAAUCCAAUAGCGGUAUCAUCUAUGAUGCUAAUACCAAAAACUGAUAUAUCAUAUUGCUAUGUUUAUUAUGAAACAUAUAAUGAAGCAUAUGCAUCUAUGAAAGAAUUUGACAUGUAUCAUCUACAUGGAAGGAAGCUUAUCGUUUUAACAAUAAAAGAACUGAUGGAAGAGAUCUCUUUAUUAUAAAUAUA